AACGGAUCAACCAAGGGACGUGGGCUCCAGGCAGACCCUUCUGUUGUGGUCCUUCUGGAGAAAACCCGAGCCCCGCAGUGUGGGAAGGGACAGGGAAGGGUGUUCUGAUAAUUCAGCAGCGCCAUCAGAGAUUUGUGUGAGCCGCUCUGAAAAAUGACACAGGGCAUGAAUAAAUCAUGGGCCCUCUCUUAGCAACCUGAUGACUUCCACCGGCUCUGGUGGUGGUGAAAGAGGGCCCGGGCUCUGCUUUAAGAGCGGGGCGAGCUCGCUGCUGGUGGAGGAGCCACCCAUGAGGGGGGCCGGGAGGCUGGCUGCCGCAAGCAGGGCCAUGGAGGGCAACAUGCACCUCCUCCAGCUCAUCCGCAAGAUGCGCUCCCAGAUCGACGAGCUGGAGCGGGAGAACCGGGCCCUGAGGGGCGAGCUGCGGGCCUGUGGACCGAGUGCCACGGCGGCAAGAGCUGGGAGCCUCGCCAGCCCCAUGGCACAGCCAGACCCCACACCCGGCCCUGCAGCGGCAGCGUCAGAGCAGGAUUUCAUGGAGCAGGAAGAUCAAAAAUGUUGUCUGGGGAGCGAUACCUGCCCGGAAUUGGGUACGGUUGUUAGCAGGGUCAGGCCGGUCUGUGUACGUGCUGGAGGCCAGUGGCCACCUCCUCCCCUUGUGCCUGUCGAGUCGAGUUUGCCGGCACGCUGCAAAGUCCCCUGGCAGUGUGCGAGCUGCAGCUGCCCUUGCAGCCUGCAUGCUGGCUGGCGAUGUCCUCGAGGCCCGUCUGUCCCAGCGGCUGGCUGGGUUUGCUCCCAGCUCCACUCUUCUCUCUGCUCCUCAGCCACCACCAUGACCGUGCGGCGCUACUCCACUGCUGUGGCUGUGCCCGCUCCUCCUGGCACGAGGCCUCCCAGGGCAGGGAAGAGCCCAGCUGAGUGCUUCUCCAGCAGCAGUCCCAGCAAACUGAAGCUGUUCCAGGAGCACGUCCGCAGGUGCAGGGGUAAAGUAAAGGCCGUUAGUUUCCUUUUACCGAUGGAUGUGUCAGCAUGUGCUGAAAAUCAAGGUUCUCUGAAAAGCCCACAAAAUCAGGACACACACGAGUUAACUACCAUCACUGAAAAGGAUAUGUGAGCUGGUGAAUUUUUAAAGGCCCAUUGAUUCUUGAGAUAAAUUGGCCUUAAACGAUAGCUAUGUGUCAGGUUCCUUUUUUGCAAAACGCUUUGGCAGGUUGCCUUCAGAGAAUCACCUAGACUGUGUUUCGGGUCACUGGCCUGUUGUUUAGCAAGGAAAUGGAGGCCAUGACAAAAUCAGCUGAAAGCCUGUACCCUGCAGUGAAGCCACGUGAUAGCAAAGGAUCCUCCACAAAGCAGCUUCUGCUCAACAUCUCUCAAGGCUCUCUCACCUCAGGACUGCUUUAAACAGGAUGUUAAAGCUGUUUUUGCUGUGUUUGUCACAAAAACGGAAACCAAGUCACCUCUUGAGUUCACCGAUCCUCUUGCCAGAAAGGUCUUUGUUGCAAAUGACAAAAUAAGAGCUGCUAAAAACCCGGGAGGUCUCUUCUGCACUCAAAACUUUAAAGCUUCACAACACCAAUAUAGCAAAGUUAAGGGGAUGUUACGGAAUCAGUUAACAUUACUCUGAAUUUCUGCAAAGAUGGACAAUGACUGCUAAUGCCACUGCAGGUUCACCUCUAGGGGAGGGCAGAGGAGCGUACAUACUAAUCAGUAUGAAAAUAUGACUGCAAAUCUGUUUCUGACCUGGUGUGUCCAUCCAUAUACCAAGCCAAAGUUGGAAGGAUUCUGAAUAUCAGAAUUUUUCAGGAUCGGCUUCUGAACACAUCUCAGAUCAAGAAUCAGUAGCAGACAUUCAUCGAACUGGUGCAAAAUAGAUGUAAGAAAAGACUAUGGACAGCUUGUAAAAAAUGAGGAGUGCUUGCUAACUUAGGUUUGAGCAUCUUAUGAGUAAAGAUAAUGUCCCACGUUUAAUUUGACUACAGGUAUUUAUGGAUCAAAACCACUAUACUUACCUUGCUAUUUCUGUAUGUACAGGCAGCAUGGAUGAGUGAAUGUCACACAGAGGAUGCAUGAACAGUAGAUGCUGGUAACAUUUAGGAAUGUUGUCGUCUCAUGGUCUACUCUUAAAUUCUUGAGCCUUCAAAAGUGAAAGCAGUGAGCUGGUAGAGAAAAAUCCCAUCUUGACUUUCAGUGAUGUUGUAUGCUUCUGUAAAAGCAAGCUCCUUGAGGAUUUUGAAAUUCAUGAUGUUUUGUAUACUGAAGUACAUUUUAAAAUAUUCUCACCAAUGAAAUAAUCAUUUCGGUUUCACUGCUA